GCGCCACUUGCUCGUAAACACUCAAGACUUCGGCACAACUGUAGGCUCGAGGGAAAUGGUGCUACCGCGAUGAGAAAGUGUAAAUGAACCCUCUAACACGAUAUAUAUUAGGAAACCCUUUCGCGUGAGGACAAAAUGGGUAUCCAGGGCUUACUUCCGUUCCUUAAAAAGGCUUCAAGAGCAGCGAAUCUCCGUGACUUUAAGGGUCAAACUGUGGCCGUGGAUGCCUACUGCUGGCUGCAUAAGGGGGCUUUCUCUUGCGCAGAUAAACUUGUUCGUGGAGAACCAACGGAUGGAUAUGUGUUGUAUGUUAUGAAACAGGUCAACCAGCUCCUGAGCUAUGAUAUUAAGCCAAUCCUAGUGUUUGAUGGAUGCCAUCUUCCUUCAAAAGCCAUCACUGAGAAAAAAAGAAGAGAGAACCGUGAAAAAAAUCGCAAGAAGGCCAAAGAACUCUUACGUGAAGGGAAGGCAAAAGAGGCACGAGAAUGUUUCCAGCGAUGUGUUGACAUCACGUCAGAAAUGGCAGCUGAUACCAUCAAAGCUUGCCGUGCUAGAAAUGUAGAUGUUAUAGUGGCCCCAUAUGAAGCAGACUCACAGCUAGCUUACCUGAACCUGAGUGGCAUUGCUCAGCUUAUUAUAACAGAAGAUUCUGAUCUGAUCCUCUUCGGCUGCAAGAAAAUUCUGUUCAAGAUGGACAAUAAUGGAGGAGGUAUCUUGGUGGAGCAAGAACAGCUGCAUGUGUCCAUGAGCAUGCCACGAGACAAGUUCACUUUUGACAAGUUUGUAAACAUGUGCAUCCUCUCAGGUUGUGACUACCUCCCCUCAUUGCAUGGCAUUGGACUUGCCAAGGCUUGCAAGUUCUUCAGUAUUACCACAAAUCCAGAUGUACAUAAUGUUUUAUGCAAGCUACCGUCUUACCUGAAAAUGCCCCACCUAGAAGUGACCAAAGAAUAUCGAGAUGGAUUCAUGCAAGCCAAAAAUACAUUCCUCUAUCAGCUGGUGUUCGACCCAGUGGAGCGCAUCCUUCGUCCCCUCCAGGAGUAUCCCGAGGGCAAGGGACCUGAAGAUUAUCCCUACGCAGGCAGGUUUGUAGGGCACGAGAGAGCUCUGCAAAUAGCAUUGGGAAAUGUGAAUGUUCAGUCAGGAGAGAAGGUGGAUGACUUCUCUCCUGAGACAUAUGUUCCCCCAGAGCCAAAGUCAUCAGGAUGGAAUAAGCGCGGGGACAUCUGUACCGCCCAUCGCAGCAUAUGGAGUAGAGACUUCACCCCAUCCAAGGUGGUUCCUGCAGUGCCGAGUAUCUUGGGCGGCUCGGAGAAGCAGAGCACCCUUGGGAAGGAAUUAUUAGUGUCUUCUACUCCAGUCCUAAAGAGAAAAUUUAAACCAGAACCAGUACCAGAUGACGAUGGUUUUCCCACUGAAGAUGAACUACAAGAUCUCUAUGGUGUGCCUGCUAAACGUAAGAAGGAAGAAGCACCAGUUGACAGUUACAUUGAUGAUGAAGACAUGGCUGGUAAAACAGCCUUGGAUCAUUUAUCUGAAGGACUUGAUUUUGAGGAAGAAAAAGAAAAAAUGGAAGUUGGAGAUUUGUCACCAGAGCUGAAAACUGAAAGUCCUUCAGCUAAUAGCAAUAGAUCCAAAAAUCCAUUUGCUAAGGCAAAGUCUCCUGUUAAACCUGCAGGACAUUUCAGCGCACUUAAGAGAUUUAGCAAAAUAAGGAAAUCAUUGGAGAAGUCAAACACUGUUGUGCAGAGCAGGUACUUUGCCAAGGCAGUGCCGAGUGCCACAGAUAACCAGGGUGAAAAGAAAAGUGAGGAAGAAGUAAAGCCUGAACCCCAAGCAACAGAUGGAGAAGUAAUAGAGAACCAGAAGAUUAAGUUAGAGAGUGAAUUACAGAUUAAAAAAGAAGAAGAAUUGGAUGUAAAAAUACCCAGUGAAUCUCAUGAUGAACUUGUUAAAGCACCUUUGUCUCCCGUUAUAAACAACAUUCAGAAAAAUAACAAAAACAGUACCUUCAAGUGGGGGAAACUGACAGAUAAGUUUGGAUUUAAAGACAAAGUGAAGGUAGAAAGCAGCCCAUCAACCAAGUACACUUUUAAGGCUGUCACUAAAAUACCAAGCACAAGAGAAACUGAUGAAAGUAAAGAAAAUGCUGUCAGUCCGUCCCAGAAUUCAGAUCCAAGGGAACUGCCACUUUCUCAGAGCAGUUUAGUAUCUGAAGUUUCGGCAGUCAGUGAUGUAGGCUCAAUAGAUAAUGAAUCAUUUGGCCUAACACCUACUCCAGAAAUGUCAACCAAGAGUAAUAAGGAUUCAGAUGUAGCAAGUCCUCCCUCAGUAACCAGUGUCAUGCCCAGUCAUAAGACACUUCUGUCCAACAAAAGUACACAGAAUAAAGGAAGGGCAGUUGGUUUAUCACGUCCCAGUGGUGCAAACAAGAAAAAUACAGAUAAGAAGCAGUUAAGCUUAAAGGAUAUGUUUGGCUUUAAAAAGGAUACUCCUAAGCUUCACUGAACAAAACCUUGAAGCUACAACAGCAGUGACUGAAGAAAUAUCCAAGACACUGAUGUUGAACUCUUGUCACCAUCACCAGGAUUUUAAUAGGAAGUGGCGGUUUGUUAAUAAUAGGUGGUCGUUGUUAUAUCACUGCACAUUUUAUAUUUUGUUUAUACAAUAUUUAAUGAAUUCCUACUUUGUUGAAGGAAGUUUACAUUUACAAACAAUUAAUUUAGGGAUGACAGUCCUGCUCACAGUACAAAUUAAUAUUGACUGAAAGAUAGUAAUGGUGCAAUGCAUAACUUUACUUUUCUUAGGUCUAAUAUCUUAACAUCCUCAGAAACAGUUGAACAAGUAAAUCUUCCAGCUUAUUUUUACUUUGCAUAUUUGUGGAAGUUCAAAAAUGAUAAACAAAUAUAAAAUGGUACCUGUCAGUCCUAGGAUUAUUUGUAAAUAAAAGUUUCAUUUAUAAGGAAAUGGAACACACUGCUCUCUCUAGUGUUGUUUUAAUUAGGCUUUCUCUUAAAAAAAAAGAGGGAAAAAAAAAAUCCGAAAAUUUGCUCUUAUUGUUUUUUAGAUAAUUGGCAUAUUAACAGUACUGUAGGGAGUGAUCUCCCUAUUUUAACCCAAUGCCAAAGGGUAUGUACGUGCCAUGCCCACUGUGAGUUACUUGUUUGAUUGGUUUUUCACAUAGAUGGCUACACUUGUAGUUAACCACCAAUGAGCCAAUUACAAGUACUGCCUAUCUCGCCUGUUUACCCUUUUCUUUGAUGUACGAAUAUAUUUUACGUUAUCGUAUUUUGUUGUUACUAAUGUUUAUAACAUAGUAAUUAUAAUGUUUAUAAAUAAAAAUAGCACCAUCAAUAUUCAUAGCACUAGUAAAAAAAUUAUUUUUCCUGACAAUUCAAGAAAGGUGAAAGGUGAAAUCAGUUAAGGCUAAGCACUAGCAGAGACAUUUCACAAAAAGUAUUUUAAAAAAUGAGCACAGCGUUUUCCCCAGUGGCAUUGGGUUAAUAGGUCAUCAUCCAUAAUUAUCAACAUUUUCAAAGAUGGCAAAAAAGUGUCUUUGCUGACACUUCCCAUGAAAAUGUGUUCAGAAAUGUAGAUCAAAGGGUAGGUUCCAUAAACUUUUGGAAUUGUUGAAAACUAUGAAUGAUCCCUAAUAAUGUGUAAAGAACAAAAAAAAAAAAGUCCUUAUGUUCAAUUUGGUGUAUGUUAUAUAAACAUAAUAGGGCCUGUUAUAAAUCAAUGAGAUUUUUUGAAAGGCCUUAGAUAUUUUUUGACACUGGUAUGAUCAGCCAUUUUAUGGCUAAACAACCAGCUGCAGAUACAGGGAUAAUAAAUGUAAAUUUCUAGAAAAUUCUAUUUAUUUUCAAUACAAUUACAAAAAUUGUGCAUUAAGUACAGCAAUAUGCUAGCCAUUAGACCAAUGCUUGCUUUUGUGUAAUAUGGCCGCUUUGCCCUGACCUAGUUCAUGGAGAUGUCAGUACAGUCAUAUGAAUGCAAUCUAUAAAUCAAUUUGUUUUAAAAAGCAAAUAUUGUGUACAGUUGUUAACACUAUGUAAAUUCUUUUAAAAAUUACUGGCAAACAAUUUUGUAAAUAAAUACUACAUACUAACAAGUCAUUUCCAAGUUGUAAAUAAAGUAUUAAAUAUUAAUGAAACAAAUACAACGCAUGAAAGUUACAUAACUUUAUAAUUCUUUCAAUAAAUUACUUCAAUCUGAAUUUAUACAAUCAUCAUUUACACAACCCAAACUAAUCACUUUAUUGCUUUACUAUAAAUAGUGCUAACAAAACAGUUGCAUUAAGAGAAUAAAAAGAAAAAAAAAAAAAUCAAAUUAUCCAAUCUACAUUGGUAUAAAAUUUAAGCAUUCAAAAAAAAUUAUGGGUCAGUUAUAUAGGGUUCCUUGAAUAUUCCAUAUUAAACCCGGCUUGUGCUGAAUAAACCUUACAUAUUUCGAGCUUCAGUUAUCAAAAUGGCACAUAUAAGUCCUUAAUCAGUUAUGCAGCAAAUAGUAAGGGGUGGGGUAUGAAAACUGCAGAGCACUAAAACAUGCCCUGUAUUAAGGCACAGAGACAAAGCCCUGUGGAUUUUUAUAUCAAUUAAGAUUCUUAGAAAUACUACUAUGGCUUACAUUUAAAACAAUUACAGCUUAGCACCAUUUUCUUUAAAUGCUGAACAACGCUUAAUAAUUGGCAUGAUCAAAAUUAUCAUUUUCAUCAAUAUACUUUAAUAUUUGAAUUUUAAUUGAACUUGAAAAUUACUGAGAAGGAUGUGUCAAAUUAAAAUUUACAAAUUUAUAAUAAGAUUUGCAUAUUGUUGCUAAAACCACAAGACAUAUUAAGUAACCAAAAAAAAUAUAUAUAAUAAUAAUAAUAAUAAUAAUAAUAAACUGAAAAAGAAAGUUUUGAGUUCAGUUGAAUGAUUCACAACCCCACUCCUUACUCCUGAACACAACAAUAGAGAAUUACUGUUGCAAAGCAUGUUAUCACCUCAGAAAAAAUGCACUCUUUCAAUUUUCAAAAUUUUCUACUUCAAAUUCACAUAUAGUGGGAAACCAUAAAACACAAAAGAUUGCAUAUUCCUCUUUGUAUGAUAACAAGGAAAACUUUCAAAGAAAUCAAAUAUAUAGCUCUGGUAUAUUAUCCCAACAGCUAUUUAACAAAGGCUUUGGUUUCAACAAAACAAGGGAUUCUCUUAUCUACAGCUUACCUAAGUUUGCAUGACAAAAUGAAUAAUUUUAAAGUAAAAAAAAAAAAAGAAAAAAAAA